UCCAUGACAACAGAAAACAGCUGAUCGGCCGCCGACACGCCAAACCCACCCGGGAUUUUAUCGGGAAAUUUCGUCAAAACGAGACUCUCAAGUGGUUAGAAAGGAAUGGAUUCCACUCGGUGAAGGCCUCUAGCACGUGUCUUGGUGGGCGUCUCCUUAAUUUGCAUGCUGGAUGAACUCUAAUUCGUCAGAUAUGGGCAGGACCAUGGGCAGGCUGUUUGCUCGUCUCACCUUUGUGCCGACGCUGGCCUUCAACCUCUUCAUGGAGAGGGCGUCUUCUCGGAGGUGGUUCGACCGCAUCGAUAACAGAGUCAUACUUGGUGCUCUGCCCUUCAGAAGCAUGACAAAACAACUUGUCCAAGAGGAAGGAGUACGAGGUGUUGUGUCCAUGAACGAGGAUUACGAACUGAAGUGGCUCUCAAACAUGAAACAGGAAUGGGCAACUGCUGGGGUAAACUUCCUCCAGCUAAGCACGACAGACAUUUUUGAAGCGCCUUGCCAGGAGAAAUUGCAGCAAGGGGUCGAGUUCAUCAGGGGCUUCGACAGGAGCAACCAGGAGGGCCUUGUCUAUGUCCACUGCAAGGCUGGACGGACGAGGAGUGCCACGCUUGUAGCAUGUUACCUCAUGGCGAAAAACCAAUGGACCCCAGAGAAAGCACUGGCCCACAUACAGGAAAGACGUGCCCACAUCUGGCUCGGACCAAAACAGCACGAAGCUAUCAAUAUUUUCUAUCGGUCAAUACAAGGAGCAGCUGCCAUCGCAUAAUUGCACCAAAGCAGGCUUCUUCUGCACCGCACUCGUUAGAAUAAUAACACAGUGUAUUAGUAUAUAAAUUCAUGUAGAGUACUAUUUAUUUUUUGUAUAUUUUUUGUUUGAGUGAUAAUUCAGAAAUAUUUUUGAAAUGUUAUGAAUGUUAUAACUGGAUUGUUAGAUAUUGUUAUUACUCUUUAUUUUAGAGUCAUUGACAGUUACCUCAUGUUUGAUGCAUUUUGUUUAAUGUAUCAAGUAUUUUAGUGGCAGUAUGCUUUCCAGCAUUUUGUCAAGCAUUUUAAGAAUCAUGUCUCAAAUUCACUUCCUUGUUAUAAUGAAAAGGUGUACAGUAUUUCUAUAAAAUUUAUAUCCAAGGCUA